AUGGCCGAGCUCAAGUCGCUGUCGGGGGACGCGUACCUCGCGCUGAGCCACGGCUACGCGGCGGCGACCGCGGGCCUGGCCUACGGGGCGGCGCGGGGGCCCGAGGCGGCCCGCGGCUACGGCGCGCCGGGCCCCGGCGGCGACCUCCCUGCGGCGCCCGCGCCCCACCCCGCGGCCGUGGCCGAGAGCAGCGGCGAGCAGAGCGGCGACGAGGACGACGCCUUCGAGCAGCGGCGGCGGCGGCGGCGGCGGCGGGGGGGACCCGGGGGCGCGGCGGACGCGCGGCGGCGGCCCCGGGAGCAGCGCUCGCUGCGGCUGAGCAUCAACGCGCGCGAGCGGCGGCGGAUGCACGACCUGAACGACGCUCUGGACGGGCUGCGCGCCGUCCUCCCCUACGCGCACAGCCCGUCGGUGCGCAAGCUCUCCAAGAUCGCCACGCUGCUGCUCGCCAAGAACUACAUCCUCAUGCAGGCGCAGGCCCUGGACGAGAUGCGGCGCCUUGUGGCUUACCUCAACCAGGGCCAGGGCCUGGCGGCGCCGGUGGCCACUGCGCCCCUGACGCCCUUCGGCCAGGCCGCUGUAUACCCGUUCUCCGCGGGCGCCCCGCUUCCCUGCCCUGACAAGUGCGCCGCCUUCUCCGGGACGCCCUCGGCGCUGUGCAAACACUGCAACGAGAAGCCAUGAGCGCCCGGGCUGCUCCUCCUCCCGCACCAGCCCUGCAUUUUACCUUGUGCCACCCUGCCCCGACUGAACCCCGCCCACCGGGAGAAGGCUGCCGGACGUCGCUUCCAGCCCCCGCCCGCUGAACAGCGCCGGUAGGGCCGUGAGAAGCUCAGAGCACGUCUGGGCACCGGUUUGAGCGCGAGAGCAGGGCACUGGCAUCUGCGCCCUGGAGGCCGCAGCGCGCCCACUGGGCAACCUCCGACGGGAGACAAACCCUGCUUGUCUGGACACCUCCGCUCACCCUGAAAAAGAAAACCAGGACCACGUUGGGAGCAGGGACGGGCGUGACCCCAGGGGGAGUGGUCCUGCUGGUCGCCAGCGCAGGGAGAGCGCUUGGCUGGGCUUGGCGGCUCCGGGCCCUGGAGUUGGGUUCUCUGGGGACUGCAGGGCCGGCUCCAGCCGGGUGUGCUCCCAACGACAACCGCUGGUGCCAGGGUAGUCUGUCUCCGAGGCUUGGCGGCCCCAGCGCCCCUGCAACCCAGUGGCGGAUGCGCAGGGACCCAGCCCACGACUGUUUGCUAAGCAGCUGGACUGCCCUUGACCCUGGAAGACCCCGGGCAGUAGCUGAAGUCAGAGUGUGUUAUGUUUAGUUUCUUGCCUGCCUAGAGGCACGAGCCUCUGGGGGUGAGUGGAUGCCAACGCUGGCGGCCUCCAAGUCUGCGGAAUCUGUCCCCUAAACCGUCCCUGGACUCCCCGGCCACCACCGCUCAUGCUGGAAUGUCCCCGCCAGGGUGUGGCCGGCACGGAGUUGGAUGGAGACCUGCCGCAUGCCCUCUGCUCACAGGCAGUUGUACAGAGGACAGUCGCCACACUUGGCCUGGGCUAUCAGGGAAGGGCCGGGUCUAGCCCCACUGACAUCCACACCAGCCCCCUGCCUGUUUCCAGGGGAGGAGGCCGGGCCAUGGGUGAGUCGGCUGGUGGGAGGGGCUGCUUCCUGAGCUGGGAAAAGGUGACGGGUUUGUCUCCUGGUGUUGGGGUCUGUCUCCUUCAUGAGGGUGCACGGUGCAGAAUUCUGCCGCCGUAGGGGUCCACACGCUCUGCUCAGCCGGCCAGCUACCCUGGGGACUGGGCUGUCCCAGCGCAUUUGCCCUCCCGCCGCCCUGCUGCAGUAUCCGGCCUUAGUAACCCAGUUUCCUCGGCCGGCUGCCGCUGCCGCUGCGCUAAUGAGGAGAGGACCUCGGCCCUACAGAGCGGCCUG